CCCCGUGGCACCCCAGCUCAUCACCCCCAGCCAGGCCUCCCAUUGUGCCCAGCUCACUUGGAUCAGAUGUGCUGGUGAGGGGCUCUGUGUGUACUCCGAGGUGCAGUUUGGGAAAGCUGAGCCUUUCCCAGUCAUGCUCCUAAAUCACUGCAGCAUGAAUGAGACUAAAUUCACUGUGAGGGGAUUCCCUGGCUGCAGGGGACCCGAUCCUGCUUGCAGCAUCACUGAAAUUAAAACUAUCUCCCUGCCUGGACCAGGAGAGCUGCACCCCAAAGGUCUCUGUAAUGUCCUGGCAAGGACAGGGCUGCCUCAGCAUGGUAGGGUAAUGGGGGGAUGCAGACUUUCCUGCUCCCUUAACCCAAAGCCAGGAAACAUCCCUUGUGUGGAUGUUUUCUGUCUUUUCCACUCAGUGUUCCUCUUGCUCUUCUUCCCACCACAGAUAUUCAGGGCACUGCAGACACCACUGGCUCUUGGCAGGACCCAGAGAAUUGAUCCAGGAGCUCUGGGUGAUGCCCUGAGCUGCUUGGUUACAUUUGGUGCCCAGCAGGGCAGGUCCCUGCUCCACGUGCCCAGCAGCUCCAUGCACAGGCAGGGCACGCUCAGCCAGCACCUUCCCUGCCACAAGGGCAGCAGCUGAGGUUCAAGGCAUCUUUUCAAGUAAAAGAGACUUUCCCAUCCUGCUGAGCCUUGUUCGCUGUCGCUCGCUGUCGGGUGGAUGCCCAGCAAACCCUGCCCCAUUGUCUUUGCCUUCUUGGAGCUGCGAGCGACUUGAUUCCAGAGUGGGCCUCAUCAGCUGGAGGAAGCAUGAAAUUAAAGCAGAGCCUUCCCUGCCGUCAGAGCGGGUGGACACCCCGAGCUCUCCGGUUCGCAGGUUUGCUCCUCCCUGCCCUCCCCUUCUUCUUCAGCAGAGGUAUUUGUUUCCUGCGCUCAGGCCGUGUGUUUUGCUUCACCUCUGUCCUGCUCAGGUGCUUUAGCUCUAAAUAAGGCUGCUGGGUUUUCUUUUGAAUGUCUUAAUUUCCUCUUCUGCAGUAUUGCUGCAUUUUUUAGAGACCUGUUUGCAAGUCAGUGCUGUGUUAAGCGUCUCUCCAAACGGAGCAGUAACUGUGUGCCCAUCACUAAAGACUGAUGAAUGGACUGAAAUGGAGCAAAAUUCAGGGGGAGUUUGUCCCUCUUAAUCUCAAGGGAAGUCAGUUUGGAAUAGCUAGAGCUAACGGAAGGGAUCAGUAAAAUGACCUAAAGCAGCAUCUGACCCAGAAAGUCUCUUGAGAGCUGGGAUCAAUAGGGAAGACCCGGACUCCUUCCUGAAGUCUGCACGGCUCCAGCGCCUGCCCUCAUCCUCAUCUGAGAUGGGAAGCCAGGACGUGUCUCCUCUCCAGGAGACCAGCAAGGACCCUUUCUCUGGAGACUGCAGCUGCCGGCAGGACGGGCUGACCGUCAUCAUCACCGCCUGCCUGACCUUCGCCACGGGCGUCACAGUGGCCCUCAUCAUGCAGAUCUACUUUGGGGACCCUCAGAUAUUCCACCGUGGUGCCGUGGUGACGGAUGCUGCGCGCUGCACGGCGCUGGGCAUAGAGGUGCUCAACACGCAGGGCUCCUCAGUAGAUGCAGCCAUUGCCUCGGCCCUCUGUGCUGGAGUCGUGAACCCCCACACAUCAGGGAUUGGUGGGGGUGGGGUGAUGCUGGUCCAUGACAUCAGGAAGAACAGGAGCUGGGUGAUCGACUUCCGUGAGGUGGCUCCCCUGGGCAUCCCGCUGGAAGGGGACCUGCAGGAAGACACCAAGCCAGGUCUGCUCGUCGGGGUGCCAGGCAUGCUACAAGGAAUGCACCAGGCGCACCAGUUACAUGGGAGACUCCCAUGGUCCAAGCUGCUGGGUCUUGUGGCCGGUGUUGCCCAGGAUGGGUUUAAUGUCACACAUGAUUUGGCCAAAGCCGUAAGUGAACUGAAGGACCUGAACUACUCUGACAAGUUCCGGGACGUCUUCCUGCCGGCUGGGCAGCCCCUGCUGCCCGGGAUGUUCAUCAGGCGCCUGGACCUCGCUGCCCUCUUGGAGCUGCUGGCAGCAGAAGGGGUGUCUGCUUUCUACAGUGGGAACUUGACCCAGGAGAUAAUCUCUGAGGUCCACAACUACGGAGGAGUCUUGGUGGAGGAAGACUUCAGCAAUUACAGUGUCACAGUGGAGAAUCCCGUCCACACAGUCUAUCGAGGUCAUCUUGUUUUCAGUCCCCCGCCUCCACAUGCAGGUCCUGCACUGAUCACAGCACUGAACAUCCUCGAGGGCUUUAAUAUCACCAGUCAAGUACCCAGGGGGAAUAUCUUGCACUGGAUGGCAGAGACAUUAAAAAUAGCCCUGAGCCUAGCUAGCAACCUGGGAGACCCAUCUGAUGAUGUGUCCAUCACUCACACUGCAGAAAGCAUGAUGAGUAAAUUGGAAGCUAAUUCCCUGCGCCAGCUGGUUAACGACUCCCAGUCCUUCUCGUCUGAUGUCCAUGUGCCUCACUUCUCCAUGGAGAGUGGACCUGCUGCUAGCCAGGUCCUUGUCAUGGGACCCGAUGACUUCAUUGUUGCAGUUGUAAGUUCUUUGAAUCGUCCCUUUGGCAGUGGGAUAAUGACACCCUCUGGAGUCCUCCUGAACAGCCAGAUGUUGGACUUCUCCUGGCAAAAUAAAACAAUGAACCUCUCCAUUCCUAGGCCGCACAAUCUCAUUCAGCCUUGGAAACGGCCCUUGUCUUUCCUCCUGCCCACCAUCGUGAGGCCAUCCGAGGGGAUGUGUGGGACAUACCUGUGUCUGGGAGCCAACAACGGGGACAGAGCCUUGAGCAGCAUCGUUCAGGUUUUGGUCAAUGUUUUAACAUUUAACAAGAAUCUGAGUGAAAGUUUGUCACUUGGUCGCCUUCACCCCCAGCUUCAGUCCAACACCUUGCAGGUUGACAGUGGGUUUCCUGAAGAAGAUAUUGAACUUCUUGUACUGAGGGGCCAUCAAGUGGAUAAAGUCAAAGUGCUCUCCCUAGUUCAUGGGGCCAGGAGAACCAACAGUUUCAUCAUUGGCCUGAAGGAUCCCAGGAGCAUGGAUGCUGCCGGAGCCACGAUAUUGUAGCACCUCCCAGGCAGCGUUCACUGAACAAGGCUGAGACAAACCAACACACAUGAUGUGCAUGUUCUGAAAGGGCCCCUUCCCCACCUGGGCUGGGAGCCCCACACACACACUGCUGAGUACUUUCUGCAUUCCCCACCCAGGAUGGCACUAGAGGGGUUAUAGCAGCACCAACAUACAGCACUCUGACUUUUAUUGUUUUCUUCUCUUUUUAAAUGAUUUGGAUGGCAAACAGCCCAGUCCUUGUCACAGCAAUGCAGGAGCACACUUUUCUUUCAGCAGAGUCUUGCUAAUAAUACCAGGCUUUUCAAAAGCCCAAUUCUAGUCAGCAUCUUAAUUUUAGUGAGCAACAACAUCAGCGAAGGAAACAAGAUCUGAUGAUGGUACUGUCAUCUUCAUCUCCCUGUCUUUCCCGAGGUCAUUCUUUGCCUCUCAUGGUUCAGCCCAUAAUUAAUACAGUCUAAUGUAGUGUUUAUAGGUGCCUGAAGCUGGAAUAUUGAGGAGUCCUUUAAUGCUCUGUAUGGGCCAGCUGGUUUUUCCCAGCAGGCAGCCUCCUGUAUUAGUUCCUUUUCUCACAUCCCAGCAUACCUUGAAUUCUGGAAGUAACUAUUUUGAAUCAGACUCACUGCAGUCUGAUUUUGUAACCAGAGCAGUGAUUUUCAAUAUCUAACAACUUGUGGCCCCCCCCCCAGUAUUUUUCUUACAGAGGUUCAAGCUUCCUCCAUGGUGAAUUUAAGAUUAGUGGUAAUGGGCUUAAUUUUCUUAGAUAUGUUUUGGAGACAUCUUAGCAGUAAGUACUCAACAGACCUGUAAAAAUUAAAAGACCAUGGACUGAAAGCCACAUGGAGAGAGUUUGGAGAGGCUCAGGGCUUUCCUUACACUGCCUUGUUCUCAGUCUGCCCUGAAAGCCUGAAUGGUGUAAUCCCUAUGGAGAGGCUUGGGAUUUUCUGCUUACUAAAUUCAUGCCUGUACUUCAGCUCCGUACUUUGAUACUGGUGCCUCCAUUGGAAAAGCUCAAGAGUGAGAGAAAAGGUACAAACCACACGCUACUGAGAGAGUUUUCUGUCCACAGCAUGUAGUGCAAAACACAAGAAUACUUCUGCAUUUCUUGUCUGAAAUAGAGUGAGGAAAUAAUACCACAUCUGACAGCUGAACUGCUUCGUUCGUCCCACAUUUGGACAUUUCCUUCUUUUUUUACUAGCAAGUCAGAGACAAGUGACACUAAAUUCUGGAAUUUGAUCAUUUUCUGUGGUCUAAAAUUUGAUUAUUUCCUUCAUGGUGAAAAUGCAUAUAUAUAUAUAUGUACCUAUGUCUGCGUAUGGUUGUCUUGGUCUGUCAUUCGAUGAUUACACCUCCCCCUGAGGGAGCCCAUAGCACCCAUCAGGUUGUACCACACCUCCUGACACUCAUUGCCAUUUGACAUGGGCAGUGUGUGGGUCACUUUGGGGCAGUGAGAGCACUAUGGCAGAUAACUGGACUAAUUGCACCUGCCAGCUGAGAAUCUCAAAGCAUCUUACGUGAAGCCCUGCACGUUGCACUGAGGGAGGACAGAGAUGCUUUUAUGCUCCACUGAAGUGCAGCCACCCGUGAGAAGAGCACAGCAGCAGAUGGGAUCAAUGGUAUUUUCUGUUAUAAAUGAGUCAGUGGCCUCAGCUGAGAGAUGGGGAAGUACAGUGUUGUCUUUGGGAAGUUGCCUUCUAUACCACCACACUGCCCGUGGGGCAAGACAAGACUUUCUUCACCAUAGGGACAUCAAAUCUGUUUGGCUUUCUGUCAUCAGCACUAGAGUUGGUCACUGCCCAAAGCUGUAAUGUUCAUGAAACUUCAUGUGUCUUGGAGCAGACCUCUUCAGGUUUCAUGGGAAGGGAAGGAUGCAGUUUUGUGCAUUGAAUCUCACUGGUGGGAGUCGGGGGGUUUCUGGUACAGUACAGCAGUGAUCUGUCCCUUAGGCACGGAGGUUUGCUGUGCACAAAUAGGUGGUCAAGUCAUCAUCACUGCAGUACUUUGCAUGGAACCUCACAAAACACUUUGAAAGAUAAAAUUCCUCCUUAUUAACUGAAUUCACCAACUCACUCCUGAUGUGGGAAUCUGAGUAUUGAUUUGGGAGUUAAAGACAGUGGCUGUGAUUCAAAAGGGCACUUAUACACCCCAAGGAAGAAUUUCACAGCAAUUACUGAGAACCUUGAAAUAAAGCAUGUUCCAGAGUGCUCUGCUGGGUCAUGGCCUAUGUGGCAAAAAAGAGAAGAUUUAAAGGAAUUGGAAGAUGGGACUUGGGCCCCUAGGUCAUGGCUGAGAGAGGUAAAGAUAUUUUGAAUGAAUUCCCAUUUUCUCAGUUUAAAAACAGCAUCAGUAUAGCACAGAUGUAUUUGUAACAGAAACCUGUAAUCUGCUAAUUGGCCCAGUGUCUCUGAUACUUUGUGUCCAUCUGUUGUGAUGAGAUCGGAUGGGUUUAAUGUGAGGUACCAAGAAAUACCUGAUUAUACAGUACAGGUGAGCCUAACAUUGUGAAAUAAAAGGCCAUAUUCUGGA